UCCUUUCAUGCACACGCCUACAAAACUUUUUUCGUACCGGAAAAUAUUAUUGUUGUUGUACGUGUCGGCAUGCAGAGUGUGCCGGUGCUGCGCACAUUUGGCAACCAUCAUGGUGCGUAGCGCGAACUGGCAACCCUGUCCAGCACCUGCACCACCACAACCACUCUAUCCAAAAACAACAGCCACACCAGUCACCACACUACCACCACAACCACCACCACAUCGACUACCAACAACAACAAGAGCAGCAGCAAUCAGUAUAACGCCACAGCAGCAACAGCGACAUCUCUACCAGCCACAUUGAACAUUUUACGCUCCAAUACCCCACCGUUGCCGCCACUGCCCACAUCAUUCGUAGCGAUUAAAUGCGGCCGCAAUAACGAACCCACCACGAAAAUCAACAAUCACACUGGUCAUCAUAAGUUCAAUAACACAGAUAGACCUGCACCCUUGCCACACCCACUUACACUUGAAUCGCCAAACAAUAAUACCACAACCACAACCACCACCAUACCCAGCAGCACACUGAGCUAUAUGACACAUCACGGCCAUCAUUCCACCAUUUUACCAACGUCCGCCACGGCAAACGCAUGCACAUCAUCGCUGUCCACCUUUCAACCGGUGCAACCGCCACCACCACCGCAUCACUUCAAUUCGCUAGACUAUCGCGAACGCAACCAAACACAUUAUAAACACGGUCAGGGCCAUCAGCAGCAACACCGAGAGCCAACACAAGCGCGCACCAGCACAUUAGAUCGUCGGAGCGCUGGUGCCACAACAGCAUCGACGAACGCAGCUUGCAUUGGUGACUACAAUCAAAUUAGUCCGCACUAUUUGCAGACCUUCGAUAGUCUCGAUCCCUACGGUGUAGCCAACUUGCAUUUAUAUCGCAGUCAGUCGAAAUCGCAAAUUUAUGGUCGUGGCAGUGCCAGCGGUAGUGGUAGUGGCAGUAAUGAUGGCUCCACACACGACGCGGUACUCUAUCACAGCAAUAGCACUUUGAAUCACUACCAACAACAACAACAACAGCAACAAGCUAGCGAGUACCAACAUUAUCAGGCUGGCGGUGGCCAGCAGCGCGGUCCAAAUCAGGCGCAACAGCAUCAUCACAGCUUAAAGCACAGCAAGAGUAGUGGCAGUAAGUCGCAUAAGAAUAAGACAAGCGCACAUCAGCAGCAACAAAAUUUUUUACAACAACAACAGCAGCAGCAGCAACAAAAGCCAACAAAGUCACGCAGCAGUCGCUCACUGCCACAACAGUCGCAGUCGCAACAUCGAGCGUCCGCCGUCGAAAAAGCAAGCAAAAUGCUAGUUGACGGCAGCGGCGGCGCCAAGGAAUGCAGGCACAAUAGCAAGAAUAGCAACAAAAUAAGUAAUAUAAGCAAAGCAAAUUCGAUGACCAGUCAAUAUUCGAGCUCCAGCGAGAGCGUUCAGUGCGAUAAUAAUUACUAUUAGAGCCUAGCUCCCAUAACACAUAGUACAUAUGCACAUACAUACGCUCAAGAACCUCGCAAUGUCUCCCAAAUGUAUACUACACUCAUAUACUUGGGUACAAGUUUCAUGCUUUCUUCUUGUCAAACACACACACACAUACACUCACACAU